AAUUGACAGUUGUACGCCGCGGCCAUUACACCGGUCCCACCAUUUUCCUUUUUAGUGUUUUCGAGAUAUUUGUGCAAGGAUGUUUUGUGAAUUAUCGUAAAUGGGUGUUUUUUUGACUAAAACCGCAUAUCUGCAAUAGCUAUUGUUAAACUGUUCUGUGCAUUAUAAUAAAUUUGCAUUUGAAUUGAUAUCUACCAGUGUAUAUAGUGAGAAACACUAAUAAUAGCUGACCAGGACUUCAUUUAGGAUGGUGAGGAAAACCAGCAGAUCGGCUGCCUUAAAGGCGAGUGAAAAAAUUGGCAAGGAAGUCCAAUCCCCAAGAAGACGAACCCGUCGCAGACAGUCGAGCUCACACAGCGACAAUUCCGAUGAGGAAACAAAAAAACAAGCAAGCAAAGUGCAAACUACAAACCAAUCUUCAGGAAAUGAAUCUGACACAGAUUCGAAGAAGCCACUGAAAAAGCGCACUAGAUCAAAAGCCAUUAAUCAGCCUAAAGAUGUAAAACAGUCCAAGGAAAGUAAAGAGGAAGAAGUGAUCGAAGAUGACAUAGAAAAAGGUAAGUCUAUAGAUAAUAAUAACCAAAAUAAUGCCACUGAGGAAACUGAGAGUGAACCUGUGCAGGUGACAGAAAAGUCACCAAAAGAAGAGGGUAAUGGCAUGGAUGCUACUCUAGAUGUGGACACAUCUCAAACAUUAGUGGCUGAACUUGCUUGUGAUAGUGAUAAAUUAACAACUGAACAAAAGGAAACUACUGCUAACGAGGAGGAACCCGACAAACAACCAAAGGAAGAAAAUGAGGAUAACGAGAAAGACAAAACUGAAGAAUUACCACCUGUAAAGGAGAACUCUAGUGGGGGAAAAAAGAUUAAACUGAACCGCCCUAGAAAGAACAGUAACAUGAGUUCAUCAGAAACUGAAAAGGAACCAGAAACCAAAAAGAAAAUAAGCCUCAAGAGGCCUGAAAUUAAACAGCAAGACGAACCAGUGCCAAAAAGUGAAAUUAAGGAACAAGAAGAGAAGCCACAACCGCAGGAGGCAAAUAAAACUGAAGAACUUGAGGAAGGCGAAUGGGGCUCCACGUACGAAGGAGAGAAAGACAAGAAAACGGAGGAAAGCAACAGUGAAAAACCUGCAAGAAGGAUCAUUUCUUUGAAGAGAAAGAAAGACAAUGAAGAGAAGUUUUUGGAGAGAAGUGUGUCAGUGCCGGAGGGUGGUAGAGCAAGAAAAUCUUCUACCGAUAAUAUCAUCAUCAAUGAGGGCAGGAGGAGGAAAAGUGUCGCUGAAAAGUCUGCAAGUGAAAGUGAAGAAAAGCCCCAGAAGCCAAAAAAACCGACAAAAGUGGUAAAAUUAAUCAGGAAAUUCCCAGAGCCUGAACAGGACACUUCUACUGAAGAAAAACCGACUAAAAAACACAAAUGGGAUUUGUCAGAACACUGGACGGACAUAGAGAUCAUCAACUUGAACAUAUUAAAAGAAACCUGUCCGGAAAUCGAAUUAAUCGAUGACGAAGAGGUGAAUUUAGACGUGGUACUCACGCCGGAACGCAGGGAAAAACCCAGACAUCGGUUGUCUUUCAAAGAACUAGAGGACCAGGAGAUGGAAAACAUCGAGGCGGAACUGAACGAGCCGGAAGACAUCGAAAUUAAGGAAAACGCGAUCGCCCUCAAUAGGAAAAUCAGCAUAGUCGAGGACACCGCGGGUAAACUGAAACCGCCGCCGAGUCCGCCGCGGAACCCGGUGUCCGAGGUGCUGUUCAUCACCAACUUGGUGAGACCGUUCACCGUGAGACAACUGAGGGAGCUACUGGAGAGGACCGGGAAGAUCAAGGAGGACGGAUUUUGGACCGACAAGAUCAAGUCGAAGUGUUUUGUUUGUUACGAGACGGCAGAGGAAGCAGAAGCCACCAGGAACGCCCUGCAUGGAGUGCACUGGCCGAUCGGGAACGGAAAGCAGCUGAUCAUUGACUAUUCGACCCGGGAGGAGAUGGAGAUCGCCAAGAAUCCGCCUGUUACGGUACCUAAAAAGGAACCCACUCCGCAAAAAGAGAACAAGCAGCCAGAAUUGUCUGAAGAAGAGAAGAGGAGAGAGGAGAGGCCUUCGAAAAGAGAAUGGGAUGUAGGCAAAGAGAGAGAUCAUCAACAUCGCUCCAAAAGUAGAGAAAGACGGGAAAGGAAGCAUAGUCGAAGAUCCUACACUCCUGAGGGUUAUCACGGUAAAAAACCAAAACAAGACGAGCCGGCGCCUCAAAAAGCCAUGGACGAUCUUUUCUUGAAAACGAAAGCAACCCCGAGCAUAUAUUGGCAACCUCUCUCUCCCGAGGAAAUUGCCGAGAAGCAACAGCUACGUCAGGCCCGUUUAGAAGCGAACAAACGGCGACGGUUCGAGGAAACCCGAACCAACAAAAGUAACGCGAACAACAACAGACGGGACCGGAACUUUUGGCGACGAUAGCGACGAACUCGGGCGGUAGGAGCGAUUUCCCGGUUCUUACGGUCCCGCGGUGUGGUGGUCGAUUUCUUCCAUCGUAGACGAUAAUAUGCGUAUAAUAUUUCCUCUAUAUUUUUUUUGGUUUUUAAUUUUGUUUGUAUAUAUCGGUGGGUGUGCAUGUACGGUUUGGCAAGUAGGCGUCAUCAGGUAAGUAUUCGUUCUCCCCCGGGCCAAAUUGUAGUUUUAUUCGGAAGGUGAAUGGUUGCGUACGAAUGUGGUUACUGUAACGAUAUUUUUAUAUAGGAAUUUCAGCCGAAUCUUCUUCUUUGCCCCCAAGAUGGAUUCAUUAUGCGGCACCACUAGCGGAUUAAAUUCUUUUUCUUCGUAACCUUUUUUCAAUUAUAAGAGUUAAAUAGUUGAGUUUUUUUAAUCUAGAAUUCAAUCUGUAGAAACAAAUCUGUAGUUUGUUUUCAAAUAAAUGCAACAAUAUAAUAAUAGUC